ACCAGUUUACUCUUACCACGUUGUUUGUUCUUUGUUUCCUGGUACAUUACAUGCCUUGAAGAGAAGUCAGAGACAUUGUACCCCACAGGUAAUCCGUCCAGCGUGGCCCCUCCCAGCUACAUGCAGGUUCCCAGCCAUACGUUGAUCCCGGCGUCCUCUCACCGUUGACCGUGUUGCCGAUGGCGGACAAGAACCCCACGGGCAGAAUCAGACUGCCGCCCAGGCCCGCCACGACGACCAACGACACUACGGAUGCUGCUCCUCCUCCCGCUUCCCCCAUUACUACGACGACUUCAAUUCCCACUCCCAUCAGCACCACCAACAAUCCCACCUCCGUUCCUAGUCGUCACCCUGUGUCUGGUCCCGAGAGAGGUUUCGUGCAGCCCUCCUCAUACCUCCGCCCGCGCGGUCUUUCGCAUCCAAUGCCCCCAGCUCAGCCCGAAAGGGCGAUCGAUCGGGAGGAGCGACAGGGCCUAUGUGCCAUUCGCAACUUCCUCAAAGUCCGUAACAGUUACGAUGUCCUUCCGCUCAGCUUUCGGCUUAUCAUCUUCGACACCUCUUUGUCAGUGAAAGAGAGUUUGAAUAUCUUGAUCCAAAAUGGUAUCGUGUCAGCUCCAUUAUGGGACUCUAAAACCUCGACUUUCGCGGGCCUUCUAACCACCUCCGAUUACAUCAAUGUCAUUCAAUAUUAUUUCCAGAACCCCGCGGCUCUGGGUGAGAUCGAUCAAUUCCGACUGGACAGCCUCCGAGAGGUAGAAAAGGCCUUAGGGGUUGCUCCGCCGGAGACCAUUUCCAUUGAUCCGGAGAGGCCUCUCUAUGAAGCCUGUCGGCGCAUGCUUGACUCUCGGGCUCGACGAAUCCCGUUGGUUACAAACGAUAGUCAAACGGACCGACACCAUGUCCUGAGUGUCGUUACACAGUACCGUAUCUUGAAGUUCGUCGCCGUCAAUGUCAGUGACACACAGAAGCUGCGCAGACCCCUAGGAGAGAUAUUGCUAGGUAGCUAUGACAAUGUAGCAACAGCAUCGAUGGAUACGCCUGUUAUCGAUGUAAUCCAUAUCCUUGUGGAGCGGAGCAUAUCGAGUGUACCCAUUGUGAAUUCGGAAGGUGUUGUGUACAACGUCUUCGAAUCAGUUGAUGUUAUAACAUUGAUCAAAGGCGGCGUGUACGAUGACUUAAGUCUAACGGUUGGAGAGGCGUUGAAAAAACGUUCCCCAGACUUCCCUGGUAUCUACACAUGCUCGUUGAAUGAUGGUCUGGAUACUAUCUUUGACACAAUUCGCAAGUCUCGUGUUCACCGCCUGGUCGUGGUGGACGAAAACUUCCGACUAAAGGGCGUUCUCACAUUAAGUGAUAUUCUGCAAUACAUUCUUCUAGAAGGCGAAAACGACGAAUCGUCCUAAUACAAUCCAGACAUCGCGCUCACGGUGCCUGGUGCACAAUUAAAACUUGCAUGGGAAUGGCGUUUGAUUCUGUUUUUUAAGGCUAGUGACAUGGUCUACUGUGAAGGAUUCGACGGAAACAUGGUUACGUUCAAAUCGCCCGUCUCGUGGGG